AUGGCCGUCACUGCUACGGAUACACCACGAUUUAAAAGCUUGAAACGUCGAACGGAGGAGACAUUCAGAUCCAGUGCACAUGCGCGUACUGACCAGUUUUUCGUCGCAAACCAACUGGAAGGACUGCAGGAGAAAUUCCAGGUCCUUAGUAAAGAUGAGCUGGCAGACGCUCUUCGGUCUCGCUUAAUAGAGCUGAAUCAACAUCGGUGCUCAUGGUUCCCGGAAAUUCUCUCUUUGCUGCUGCAGCUUGCGGAUCGACCUGCUCAACUGUCGAAGCUUGGCCGGAUCGAGCAGCGCAAGCAGGUGCAGACGAAGCCCAUCACCUGGACAGACUUGGAUGCUUCUGGGUCUGCGUAUUGCGAUGAAGACAUUUGGGAGAGUGUAGACUUUGGCGCUGAAUCUUCUGAUGAUGACCUUGAGUCUGUAUCCAGCGACGGCUACCUUCUUCAGCCUCCACGGCGAACAUCUCUUGCUCCAGAAGAAGACUACGUUAUGCCCGACGAUGUGUUUUCUUCUUUGGAAGACGAAAAUUUGAUCGUGUCGAUUAAAAAUGCCCAAUUUUGGAGAGACGAGAAUAACAACGUUGGUCAGCAUGAAAAGUUUUCUUCUCGAGUCAUCACUGAGCUCCAGGUCGUAAGGGAGGCAAUAUUUAUGCUACAAGGGCUACCUACAUCGCUAUUCUGGCGACUCGAUGAUGGUGUCGAGGUAGACCAAAGAUACACACUUGCGCAAUUAUCAAGUGCAACGUUGCUAUCCCUGCUGCGAACAUUGAGCUCCAUCGGAUCAAAGUUAGAUGGUCUGAGACGAUUUACGAAGGCCCCCCAAACCAUCCCACAUAUGCAAGCAUUCGUUCUGGGCAUCGAGGAUUGUCUAUCUGAGUUUGACAAGUUUUUGUCAGACGUGCAGUCACAGUAUCUUUCGCGAAAUGCGACUGUUGCCAUUAGCAUUCUACAACUGUCUGAAGAAGCUCGCAGAGAGUCGAGGCUACCGCUCCUAUUGGCAGAUCUUGUUUCUAAGAUUAACCCUGAUGACAAUCCCGUGCGAUGUUUAGAUUUGCUUUACGACUUCAUUUGUAUGGCACAAUCCACUGGUGCAGAUGGCGACUUCGAGUUUCUAGCUAGAUUGUUUUUCUCGUGCUUCGAGACGUACGCACGACCGAUCCGCCUUUGGAUGGAGACCGGAAGGUUGGAAAACUCAACUGGCGGUGCUUUUUUUAUUCUCGACAGAGGCAAUGAUAAUGAUCUUCGAACACUUUGGCAUGAAUGGUAUAGCUUGGAUGACAUGCCACGGCUUUGGCAGGCCCCCAAAUUUAUUCAACCACUUGCCCGCAAGAUAUUCAUCACAGGAAAAAGUAUGGUUUUCUUGCGGCAUUUGAAUGUGUCCGUGGACUGGCCGAACCCGCGAAAGACUUCAUUGCCAUUUGGGGAUCUAUUUCCCCGGGACUCGGAGUCUGCUUUUUGCCUCCCCUUCUCUGCUUUGCUCGAGUCUGCGUUUGGAAAGAUGGUGGAGGGGCACCACACCUUUACCUCCACUCUGCUGCGACAGGAGCUUAAUCAACAAUGUGGCUUAUCGGUCUCACUUGAAGCUCUGGAACAUAUCUAUCUCUGCAAAAACAUGAGUGUUGCGAUGCCUAUAGACAAUAAGGUGUUUGAGCUUAUUGACCAGGGCAGAGGGGCGUGGAACGACCGGUUCUUGCUUACUGAACUGGCACAAAGUGCGUUCAGCAUUUUGCCGGUCGUUGAUCCUUCCAGAUUGAUCGUUCGAUCAAACCAAGAACAUAAACUGAACGGCAACUGUCGAUCAGUUAAGAUGUUACAGGCAAUCUCAUUUGAUUAUAUUCUGCCUUGGCCUGUUGCAAAUAUUAUCACUAAGGAUGCCAUCGUAUGUUACCGACGGAUUUCUACUUUGUUGAUGCAGAUCCGCAGAGCAAAAUACGCAAUUCAAAAACAACGCUUGCGGCAUUUCGGCGAAUCAGAUGGAAUAUCCGAUGGCAAAGCCAACGCAUUGGGUUACGCCAUCCGGCAUAACAUGCUGUGGUUCUUGAAUACUCUUUAUAGCCAUCUAACUGGGUUUGUUAUCUCGACGGCAAUUGAUUCUCUGAGGAGAGCACUCGACGAAUCUAGCGAUGUUGAUGCCAUGAUUGCCGCCCACCGCUCACACAUGGCUUCUUUGGAAGACCAGUGUCUCCUGUCCAAGAAUCUACACCCCCUCCACCAAGCUACUAUUACGUUGCUAGACCUGUGUGUCAGCUUCGCUGAUCUCCAUGAUACACGGCAGAGAGGGCCACAAGCUGAGCAGAGACGAUUCUCAAGAUAUCAUGACAACAAAUCCCACAGCGAUGAUGAAGAUGACGAUGACGAAAAUGAUGAUGAUUAUGACGAUGAAAACGAAAACGACCCUGGUCUUGGUAGAGAUUCAGUGGCUACCUCUCUCCAUGGACCCCAAUAUACGCAACGGUUAGAUGACAUUAAGAAUCAAUUCGCCCGGAUUAUUGCAUUUAUGGCGGCUGGGCUGAGGGGGAUAGGACGUGUCAAUGGCCAGGUUAGCUGGGAGAUGCUAGCAGAGAAGCUAGAAUGGAGAAAGGAGCGUCUUGCUUAUAUGGCUCCUGGCGGUCUGACUUAUAGUUCUGAACUAGAUGAUGACCAUGCUAUCAUGUGUUAA